GAGUCCUGGAGGAUCCAGGCCAACUGCUGAGGUGUCAGGAGGCUGGGCUUCAGGAGUGUCUCCAUGAUGGCCUACACUCUGCUUCUCUUCACCCUCCUCACUCAAGUCAAAGAGUCCUGGGCCCAGUCUUCUCUGACUCAGCGUCCCUCAGUCUCUGGGUCUCCUGGAGAGAGGGUCACCAUCUCCUGUGAUGGAACCAGCAGUAACAUUGGGAGUUAUAGUGGUAUCUCCUGGUACCAAAAGCAUCCAGGAGCGCUCCACAAACUCCUGAUUUAUGACACCAGUAGUCGGCCUUCAGGGGUCCCUGAUCGCUUUUCGGGCUCCAAGUCUGGCAACACAGCCUCCCUGAGCAUCUCUGGACUUCGGCCUGAGGAUGAGGCUGACUAUUACUGUUGCUCCUAUGCAGGCAGCAACACUUGGGUUUUUGGUGGAGGCACCAAGCUGACCGUCCUAGGUCAGCCCAAGUCUGCACCCGCAGUCACCCUCUUCCCGCCCUCCCCUGAGGAGCUCCAGAACAACAAGGCCACGCUGGUGUGUCUGAUGAAUAACUUCUACCCGGGCACUGUGACCGUCAACUGGAAGGCUGAUGGCACCACUGUCACCCAAGGCGUGGAGACCACGCAGCCCUCCAAACAGAGUGACAACAAAUACAUGGCCAGCAGCUACCUGAGCAUGACGCCUGCACAGUGGAGUUCUUACCAGAGAGUCAGCUGCAAGGUCACACAUGAUGGCAGCACUGUGGAGAAGAGUUUGGCCCCUGCAGAGUGUCCCUAGGACCCUGCCCGGCACCCUAUCCUCAGGGACCUGAAGUGCAAGGACUCGGAGGAAGAGUCUCCUGUCCCACCCCACCUGCUCCUGACUUUCUCUGUGAUCCCCUCAUUGUUCAAUAAACUACCCCUUCUUGAUCAGAA